AUGAAGACAAGUGCUAAGCAGCUGCAAAUAAUGGAUGCCAUUUGUCUAUUUACUCUUGUUUUCAUGUUUAUUGUUAUUUUAACAGUUGCUGAUGAAGUGGGAAUUUUGGCGAUGAGCAAAGAAAAUGGGAAAAGCAGCCUCUCAACAUACAUUGUUCAUCUUAGGAAACCGGAGGGAGUCUUUGCACAAGCAAUGGACUUGGAUGAUUGGUAUAAAUCAUUCCUUCCCGACACCGUCACCGAUCAACCAACACGGAUGAUUCAUUCGUAUCGGAAUGUUGUGACAGGAUUUUCUGCGAAGUUAACAACUGAGGAAGCAGAAGCAAUGAGAAGAAAGCAUGGGAUCAUAUCUGUGAGGACUGAAAAAGUAUAUUUCUUACAAACAACACACAGUCCUGAUUUUCUGGGGUUGCAACAGAAUCUUGGAUUUUGGAACCAGUCAAACUAUGGUAAGGGAGUCAUAAUUGGGGUUUUAGACACUGGAGUAACCCCAGGUCACCCUUCGUUCAGUGACGAAGGAAUGCCUCCGCCGCCUGCGAGAUGGAAGGGGAAAUGUGAAUUUGAAGGUGGGUGCAAUAACAAGCUGAUUGGUGCAAGAAGUUUUGUAGAAGGUGAGAUAGGGAAUCCGGCUGAUGAGGAUGGUCAUGGCACUCACACAUCAAGCACAGCUGGUGGAAAUUUAGUGAAUGGUGCAAAUGUUUUUGGCAAUGCCAAUGGCACAGCUGCUGGCAUGGCACCUUUAGCUCACUUGGCAAUGUACAAAGUAUGUGGAGCAGACUGUUCGGAAAGUGCAAUAUUGGCUGCAAUGGACGCUGCUGUUGAGGAUGGAGUGGAUGUUCUCUCACUCUCAUUAGGUGGUGGUUCAGUUCCUUUCUAUAUGGACUCAAUUGCCGUGGGAGCAUUUACAGCUAUUCAGAAGGGUAUAUUUGUGAGCUGUUCUGCUGGAAACGACGGUCCUUCCUAUGGUUCCUUAUCAAAUGAGGCUCCGUGGAUUCUUACGGUUGGAGCAAGCACCAUUGACAGGACCAUUGCAGCGGUAGCGAAGCUAGGGAAUGAUUUAACUUUCGAUGGUGAAUCCCUUUAUCAGCCUAAAGGUUUCCCUUCAACGUUACUGCCUCUUGUGUAUUCAGGGGCAAACAGUAAGGCAGCGUCGGCAUUUUGUGCCCCUGGAUCAUUGAAAGAUGUUGAUGUCAAAGGAAAAGUGGUUUUGUGCGAACGAGGUGGUGAUGUAGGAAGAAUUGACAAAGGCCAAGAAGUGAAAAACAAUGGUGGCGCUGCCAUGAUCCUCAUGAAUGAUGAACUUAAUGGCUUCAGUACCAUAGCCGAUCCUCAUGUGCUUCCGGCAACCCAUGUGAGUUACCAGGCGGGUUUGAGCAUCCAGGAGUACAUAAACUCAACAACGAACCCAACUGCUACAAUCAUGUUCAAAGGUACCGUACUCGGAAAGCUAUCGGCUCCUGAAGUCACUUCUUUCUCCUCAAGAGGCCCAAAUAUGCAAAGCUCAGGGAUCUUGAAACCAGAUAUCAUUGGCCCUGGUGUGAGCAUUCUAGCUGCAUGGCCAGUUUCAGUGGAAAACAAAACAAACACGAACUCAACAUUUAACAUGAUUUCUGGAACCUCAAUGUCCUGCCCACAUCUCAGUGGAAUUUCAGCUUUACUCAAAGGCUCCCAUCCAGAAUGGUCUCCAGCUGCUGUCAAAUCUGCAAUAAUGACCACAGCUAACUUGGUUAACCUCGGAGGGAACCCCAUUGUUGACCAAAGAAACAUUACCGCUGACAUCUUCGCCACUGGUUCAGGUCAUGUUAACCCAUCAAAAGCGAAUGACCCUGGACUCAUCUACGAUAUUCAACCAGAUGAUUACAUUCCUUACUUAUGUGGAUUGAACUACACCGAUGAUGAGGUUGGAACCAUUGUUCAACGAUCGGUAAACUGCUCCAAUGAAUCAAAAAUAGCUGAAGCUGAGCUAAACUAUCCUUCAUUCUCUAUAACAUUAUCUGCUAGUUCUCAGACAUACACGAGAACGGUGACAAAUGUUGGUCCAGCAAGCUCAACUUACACCUACCAAGUCCUUGCGCCAACAGGGGUGGAUGUUAGUGUAAGACCCGAAAAGAUUGGUUUUACAGCGGUGAACCAGAAGCAAACUUACUCGGUUACAUUUAGCAAACAAAACAACACCAACGGCCUCCUAUUUUCCCAAGGACUUAUCAAGUGGAUUUCUGUUCAACAUGAGGUUACAAGCCCCAUUGUUGCCCUAUUUAAAUGAGAAAAUAGUCCGAGCAGCUUGAGCUUUGCAGCAACGUAAAACUGAAGCAAUCCCAUGCA